AUGGGGAGGCGGGAGGAAGGCCUCGCAGAAUGUAAGCCGGACUCCCCGUCGGCGAUCCCCAGGGCUAGGGGCAUUCCAUACCUUGUGAUGGACCAGAUGCCGGAGAAGAUGUGGAAGCGGGUGGAGAAUUGGGAGUUCCGUACUACACGGCUAGACCGUAUUUCAGGCAAGACCUCCAUGCUGGAGCUGGAGAGGGACACCGGGGUCUCUGCUUUCCCCGAGAUCCAAUUCCCGUCCAACGCCUUCGCUGUCUCUUGUGUGGGCGCCGAUGGCGAGCCGGUGGUGCUUUUCGAUUUGCUCUCCAUUUUGAAGAACGCGGCCGAGUUCUACGCCACGGCGGACUACCGCGAGAAGGUUCGGUCGCAGAUUGUCCUUCCCGUUUCAGAGGGCUGGGCAAUGGCGCCUUUCGACAGCCACGACCCUGGCGUGGACUGGGCCUGGCGGCAUCGCUACUACGGCAUCCAGUCCGACCGGCUGCGGCCGCUUGAGCCUGGUAUGCGCGACGUCGACUGGGACCUCCUUCGGAAUAACGCCCUGCCCAUCGUUUUUUUUGGUGAGCUCGACUUCUUCGAGGACGAUCUGCACGACUUUGGUAUGGUGCGCUGCUCGGUGAAGUUUCGGGUUAUGACCACCGCGUUUUAUAUCCUGUUCCGCCACUUUGUGCGGCUUGAUCACCACAUGAUUUGGAUGCGGGAUGUACGAAUAUUCCACAAGUUCGGGGAAACCCGAGCCGAGAGCGGAGUGGAAAUACCCCAUAUCGUCGUUGUGGAGCAAUUUGCGAAACAUGACAUUACUCAGCACGAAAGCCUUGAAUGGAAGGAUGUAAGUCCAGAUGAGGCGUUCAAAAAGGCGAUACUACUAAGCGAAGAUAAAUUUUGCGUGGACACUACCCCAUCGUGA